UGGCGGCAAUAGGAGAAGGUUAGUCAAGUCAGAGGCGAUCUUUUUCGAAAAUAUUAUGGUGUGUGUUAUAUCAUUCAAAGAUCUUUUGUAUACAAAUGCCGCAUAAAAGUGUCUCAAUGCAGAAAUAAGUGAAAUUUGAACAUUUGGUGGUCAAAUAAUUAUACAUUUAAACAUAAUGACUAUCGUUACUAUUAAAUGUACUCACAACAAGUAAACAUUUAUAAUGGCGGACCAAAGUAAUAUCUGUACAUUAGAGUCUGAGAAAGUCACACCAGAACCAAAACGAUUCUGCAAAUAUACAUCUGACUCUGAAUUCGAUCAAUUACAAAAUAACAUUGUCAUGGAAGAAGUUUUGUCUCAUCAUGAUGACCCACAGUCUGUCACUGACUCAGUAGUACAAAGUAACACAUCACCGAGUACUUCACAUACUUUGCCAUCUCAACCUCCUAUUAUUUUCACAACAACUGAGGGCCAGUCAGUCAAUCUAUCAGAAGUUAUUAAACAUACCAUUGCUAGUCCAGAUUUUGUUGAAUGUAUCGGUCCAUUAAUUGCUAAUGUUGUUAAAGCUAGUGUAGACAGUGCUUUGUCAAAUUAUGUUUCCAAUCUCGAAGCCAAAAUAGAGAAACAAGAGCAAACAAUUUCCGAUUUAAUGGUUCAAAAUUCAGAACUUAAAGAAAGCAAUAAGCAAAUGAAUGGUAGAGUCGACUCAAUUGAAAUUGAUCUAGAGGAACUACAGCAAUAUGGUAGGCGAAAUUCUCUGCGUUUUCAUAAUGUUCCCUUGAAGAAAACCGAGCUUGGUUCAACAGAUGAUAAGAUAGUUGGUUUAUGCAAAUCUCUUCUUGAUGUUGAUAUAACAGUUGAUGAUAUUGACAGGUCACACAUAAUAGGAUCUAUAAACAAAUAUGGCAAUGCCCAGUUAAUCUGUCGAUUUAGGAAUUGGAAAAUUAAGAACUCUAUAUUUCAAAAGAAGAGAAAGCUUAAGAAUAAUCCGGAUAAAACAGUUAUUACUGAAGAUCUCACACAAUAUCGCCAGUACUUGAUGAAAAAGUUAAAUGAUGCUAGGAAAAGACAUGAAAUCGACUCGUUCUGGACGAUGGAUGGACGUAUAUUUGCUAAAAAGACACCCGAAGCUACCAAAAAGUUUAUUGGAGGAAUGGAGGACUUAAGUGAAUUAUUUUUUUCUAACUAAUAAAGACAUAGUAUACAUUUUCA